AUGGGUAAUGAAACAUCGGCAACAAUAAACUCUUUAAAAACUAUUGAAUGGAAAUGGCAAUCGAAUCCUAAUCCAUGGUCAGAGACUGAGCCACCAACAUGGAGUCAUUAUUCAGAUGUCGAAAAUCUAAUCAUUGAAAGAGCAUUUUUAAAUAAACAACAGCGAGCUAUCUUGGAUGCUUAUUACAUUGAAUUUAAAGAUAAUGCGCAAAUAUUGAACAGUGAUAAUAGCAAGCAGAGACCCGUACAAAGAAUUGCGCGCAAGAGAGAAGACAAACAUUUACGAGUAGAACGUUUCAUGGAUCUACCAGUUGCAUCACAUCGUUCAUUUAGUGGUCAAUAUGGUUGGGUAUCGCCAUUCGUCGUGGAGGUCAGAAGAUCUUUGGGUCUGCAACCAAAUGAACUCCCUUCCAAGAAAUCAAAUAUGAUACCUAUGCUUGUCGAAAAAGCUGCUCAAGGUAUUAUCGAAGAAGGCAGACAUAUUGGAAAACAAAAAGAAGCUGAAGAAUUGGCUAAUUGCCUUCUAGAAAAAAAGAAUAAAAGAAUUGGAAAAGUAUGGCAAUGCUGUGCUUAUCUUUACUCGUUGGAAAGCUUCCUAUACAAAACUUUGAACACAAACAUGAGAUUAGUUGGAAGCAAAGAAGACGAACAUAUUUGGCGACAUACAGUCCAAACACUAGGUCCGUUUUGCUUAUUACUUUGGGAUGAUCCAUACAACAAAAAAGUGAAAACUAACAUCAAACUUUACCGGGGCGCCAAUCUCAAACCCGAACAGAUCGGUGCUUAUAAAAAAAUGGCUAGGAAUGAAAAAGUAUAUGGCUCGUUCCAAGGAUUUUCAUCAUGUAGUCGUAAUCGUGGAAAAGCAGAAGGAUUUGGAAAUACUUUGUUCAUUAUGAAAGUAGUGUAUGCAUUUAUUGCUGAUAUUAGUGGAUUAUCGGAAUAUCCUAAUGAAGAAGAAGAACUUGUUACACCAGGUGUAUGUUUUCGUGUUCUGGAUGUCGAAGAACCUGAAACAGGCAAAUAUUUAAUCUACUUGGAAUUAAGACAACGUUUUACUCGUAAGUGA